AUGUUAAGCAAAAGUGGAUUUGCUUGGAAUCCAGUGAUGAAAAUGGUGGAAUGCAGCGACGAAGUCUGGACUACAUAUGUUGCGGCGAAUCCCGAUGCAAAAGGUUUACGAGGUAAGAAAAUUGACAUGCUUGAUGAAUUGGCUAUAGUUUGUGGCAAUGAUUAUGCAACUAGAGAAUGGGCUAAUUCAGCCAAAGAUAUAAAUGCUAAGAAGUCAAAACCAAUGAAUGACACUGGGGAGGAAUAUACACCAUUAGUGGACCUUAACGAAGAAGUUAACAUGGAUGACUUAGAUGAUGCAGAAGAAAAUUAUUGUGCUACUGAGUAA